AUGAACGAUAGUUUUGAUGAAUAUGUUGGUGCAGGCGGAUCUUACAUGUCUUUAGGUCACUAAGAAAAAAGUGAGCUCAUCUUCAAGGAUAUCAAGAAUUCCUACAUAUUCUGGCAGAUUAAGAAGGCCAUCAAGGAUGAGAUUGUUAAAUCUAAGGGCAAGACAGUUGAUAUUGCAGAAAUUAUCCCAAAACUCCUUUCUGAUUUGAAUUUAGAGACCAAGAUCAAGAAUAAAGUACAUGAAAUUCUUGAUAAAAAUGGAUAUUUCAGAGAUUCUGCUCAAGUAGCUAUUACUAAAUUCAAAAAUUGCAAGGAUAUUAAUAGUUUACCCCAGUAUUUCUUCGAUAAGGAUUACGAGCCAUUAGAGAGUGUUGCUACUGCUAAGAGAGCUUGGAGUGAAACACUCAAGUAAAAGCUUAACUCAAUUCUUAGGUAGAGCAGAAAGCCUUUUGUUAGACCUAAGAAAGAAAAACCACCAGUCAAGCCAAAGGAGGUUGAAGUCUAGAAUAACUCAGUCGAAGGGGAUAGUGAUGGACAAACACCAAUGACCACAACUCCCGCUGCUUCUUAAUAAUAAAAAGAGGUGAAAGAAAGCGCAUUCCUAGGGCAAGACCUUCCAUUUAUAUUCGAUUCUAACAUGCUGAUGGAUGCUAUUCUUAAAAUUAAUACUAUAAACUUUGCUGGCAACCUUAUGCUCUCUUGGGGUUAGAUAAAGUUACAAUUGCAAACCAGAUCAUUAGAUGAACUUAGAAAAAAAUAUAACGAAUUGAAUGUGACUCUGAGAUAAAUAGGUGUUGAUGAGGAAAAAUCAUUCGUAGAUGAAAGGAUUCUAAUUGGAGAAAGGCUACUUUCAAAAGACUAUUAACCAUUCUUAGUGCAAUAUGCAAAGAGAGGUGUGCCACCCACUCUAAGAAAUAGAAUAUAUAGGAAAAUAUUAUAUGCAGAUGUUACUUAAAAAGAAGUGGAUUAUUAUAAUCAGUUGUGUGAAUAAGCAAAUAAAUGGGAAACAGCCUUAGAUGAUUUGAUAUUCGCAGAUAUUUUGGAGUUUUGUAAUGAUGACAAGUAUUUCAUUUUCUAAGAUAUGAUCGAGGCUUGCGUUGUGAUGUUCUUCAGAGACAGAUAAGUACUUGAGAACAUCAAGAGUAAGCCACAUGCUCCAGUUGUAGGUAUUGCAGGCACAGAUAGGAUAGUAGGAGCUUACCCACCUUGUGGAGUACUGCCAUGUCUUAAGUUCAGUUCUUACUUUGGACCGUUGAGCUACAUAUCUGAUAAGAAAGAGGAGUGCUAUUACAUAUUUAGAGCUUUGUAUUGCAAAUACUUCUGCUAUCUUAAUACAAUCUCUAGUCAUAACUAAUCAAUUAUAAGCUUAUGCAAGUUGUUUGAAGAUUUGCUACAAAUGUUUGAACCUGAAGUGUGCUACCAUCUUAAUUAGUUAGGCAUUCAACCUCUUAAAAUUGCUUUCCCAUGGAUAUUCUAUGCUUUCGUUGGCUAUUUAGAAGUUGAUCAAAUAUACUUGGUUUGGGACAGAAUACUCGGAUUUGAAAGCUUGGAGAUAUUACCUAUUUUAUCAGCUGCUAUAUUUGUAUUCAGAGCGAAUCUCAUCUUAAACUGCAACAAUUAAGAAGAAUUUGAAGAGCUAUUUGUAGAUUUAAGUCAAAUUAAGGUAAUGCCAUUAAUUUAGCAUUUCCUAUUCGCCACUGGAAUAAACUGA